AUGGUGGUGGCACACCGGUCGCGAAGUGGUGGCCACAACAGCGACAUGGCGGCAACAAUGGCUCUAACGGCCGGAGAUGGUGAUUACGAUCUGUUUCCCCUUCAUUACCGGUUGAAUGACGACAUCACACGAUUGUCUCCGUCUUUAGCAACGACGGAAGCCACCAUGAUAGCUCGGUGGUCGGAGAAGCAAUGGAGAAUAGGGUGGCGGCCGGUGAGGGGGGGGGGGGCCGGAGAAAUGUGGGAUCUAAACGGGUCACCCGAUCUGAAAAAGGAACACGAAGAAUCAAACGGCUGCUCUACGCCGGUGGAAGCAGACGACGACGAUAAUAGUAAAGGUAAAGGGGUUGGAUCCGUCUCGAAUUCGAGCUCCUCAGUGGUGGUUAUGGACGAAGACGACGGCUCCGAUGAUGAUGAUUCCGAGAGAGGAAGUUCAAGAAAACGAAGCAGCAGGUUGUUUGGGUUCUCUAUCGACGGCGACGGCGACGGCGACGGGGAUCCGCCGGUAACCCAUCAGUUUUUCCCCGUCGACGACGAUUCUGAAGUGGGCCCCACCUCCUCUCUUGCAGUUGGUAUGUCGUCGGUAAAUGCUUUCCCUGCUGCUCACUGGGUCGGUGUUCAAUUCUGUCACCAGUCACCGGGGGGGCUUGUUUCUGGUGGCGCCACCAGCGCCGGUGGUUUUCUCGGGAAAUCUGCCGCCCCGGAGAUUCCCCAGCCACUCAAGAAAAGCCGGCGUGGACCCCGUUCUAGAAGCUCACAGUAUCGUGGAGUUACCUUUUACCGACGAACCGGCCGAUGGGAAUCACACAUAUGGGAUUGUGGGAAACAGGUGUAUCUGGGUGGAUUCGACACUGCACAUGCAGCUGCAAGGGCAUACGAUAGGGCAGCGAUCAAGUUUCGGGGAUUGGAAGCUGACAUAAACUUCAGCCUUCAAGAUUACGAUGACGACCUGAAACAGAUGAGCAAUCUGACGAAAGAAGAGUUUGUGCAUGUACUACGGAGACAAAGUACAGGAUUUCCAAGAGGGAGUUCGAAAUAUAGAGGAGUUACUUUGCACAAAUGUGGUAGAUGGGAAGCAAGAAUGGGUCAAUUUUUAGGGAAAAAGUAUGUGUAUCUGGGCCUCUUUGAUACUGAAGUUGAAGCUGCCAGGGCAUAUGAUAAGGCUGCAAUCAAAUACAACGGAAAGGAUGCUGUCACCAAUUUUGAUCCCACAAUUUAUGAAAAUGAGUCUAAUGUCACUGAGCAUUCGGGUAAUAAUAAUAAUGAUCAAAGUAACAUUUCCUCUUCGGAUCACAAUCUUGAUUUGAGUUUAGGACAUAAUUCAGCCCCCACUAAGGAAGGUAGUCAAGAUCAUGGAUUUAGGCCCGUGGCAUUUGGGAUGGGUCAGAGUGAAAGAUAUCACGACACAUUGCAUCUUCGAUCUAUCGGAUCAUCGAGGGGUAAUCAUGAAUUUCAUGGAUAUGGGCAUUUAACCAGACCCGUUGACCCGUCUAUGUUUCAUAUGUUACACCCACCACCCCUCAACUCUUUGAAUCACCAAAUUCAGCAUUCAAGCAGCACGCUAGCUGGAGGAGGAAGUAGAAACAAUGGCAAUGGAGCUUCUCUACAUCUGUAUGCAAAUAGUGCUGCAGCAUCAUCAGGAUUCCCACAACAAAGAUUCAAUUUAAGACAACCACCAGCCCCACCUCAUGCUCAAACGUGGCUGCAUAAGAAUGGCUACAAUACCACUCUAUCUUGAAUUGUCACGUGAGAGCCAUACCACCCAGUCAACCACCCCUACCUAGCACAAGCCUAUAUAACCCAAACCUAGCUAAGCUACGUUACUCCAGUAAACUUAUCCAAAAGACCAAAAACCAAAAGAUCUUCAUUGUAAAAAGAUGAACCACGCGAACUUCAGUCUUGGGUUUUGUGUUAAAGACUAGAUAGCUAUAUAGGGUUGUUGAGGUGAGAAUGUAACCAAAGGAAGAACGAUUUUUCUUUUUUAAGUGUUUCGUUGGAUUUGGGUGUUUUAAAAAGAAAAGAAAAAAAAAAUGAAAGGGAUUUGAUAUUAAUUGUGUUUCUGGGUGGUUACGUUAUUUAUUAUUUUUUUAAUCUGUUUUUUAUAUUCCAGUUGGUUGUUCAUCAAAGCUAAUAUUAAACCCACAUUUUGGAAAAAG